AUGGAGCUUGGCAUGAGUCGUGACGCCGUGAAAUUCGGACGGAUGAGCAAAAAGCAGCGAGAGAAGGUGGAGGAUGAGGUUCGAUUACAUAAACAAAUGCAAGAAGCCACAGGUGUACCGUAUAUGUAUGGCGAGUACUCGCCACCAUCGCAACAGUCCAGCUAUGUGGCUCCUGGUUACGAGACUGGCCUCUAUCCUCACUAUGCUCAAGGUGCGUAUGCUCAUGCUGUGGCCGCCGCUCCCAUCAGUUAUCCGUCGCAUUCCUAUGGCGUCGCACAACAAGGCACGGUUCCCGCUAGCAAUGGCGGCUUUCCUUCACCGCAGCUCUCAUCGGCAGCAGAAGAGGACACAGCAGCAAAGAUAGUUGCAGCAUUUGAGACCACACAUACUCAGAUGCGAAAUAUGAAUCCGAAUCCGACGAUUGUUGACGUGAACAGAUUUGCCUCAAUAGACUUCCAAAAUCGAAUCGGCAUAUGGCGGCAAUUUGCUGUUGAUUUGACCACCGUCAUACAAGCGAUCAUCGAGUUUGCGAAAAUGAUCGAUGGAGGUGUUUUUGAACUUGCAAUUGUCGAGUUGUCCUCUCGCUACUCGCCGGAAACUCAAACUCUAUCCAUGGACAACAUAGUCCUUCCACUACACAAUCUCAAUAUUACAGACCAAAUCGAGGUGCGUUUCGUGCAAGAGUUCCAUCAAUGCUUGCAUGAUCUGGCGGUCUGUCAAAUGACAUCCUCGGAAGUAGCUCUGCUUUGCGCAGUAUUACUGCUUGAACCGGCGUCCACUGAGCAAGCAACAUGUGAACGACUUCGAGGCGUUCUUGCGCAAUCGUUGGCCGCUCGAGUCGGCAGUGAUGCCCAAAGGGUUUGGGAUACUCUACCAAGGUUGAAGCAAACCGCUCAUCUCCACCUGAUUCUGCUCGGGCAACUACGAGCACAAUUCCCGGUCGAAACCGAGGCCGGAUUACCGGCUCUCUAUAAAGAGUUGUUCUCUAUUGAUCCUUAA